CGCUUACGUUGCUUGCCACACAGUUGGAAGAGAGCGAGGGACGAGGCCACGUUAAAAGUGGAUGGGGCUUCAGUUGUCGCGAGUUCUAGUUAAAGCCUUAAAUGUUGUUAUUUUUUUUGGUAACACCGUCUCGUUUUCUGGGCGGGCUGAUUGAAGACUUCGUUAUUUGUUUUUUUUUCUUAACAUAGUGGUGAUUAUCAUUUGUUUUAUUCAACCCCCCGAGACAGAGGCGUUGUUUCUUUCGCGAAGGUUUUUGGUCGAGAGAGGAUUUUUCACCUCCCGACAUCAAGAUGUUAUUUAUAUUUCUGUAAAUUGGUGAUUUUUAAAAAAAAUAUAUUCAACCACCUAAGACGGAGGCGUUCUUUCCUUCGCGAAGGUUUUUGGUCGAGAGAGGAUUUUUUUUCACCUCCCCACAUCAGCCGGAAAACGCCACAGCGCGGAUGGCGUGCGCGGUGGCUGCUCCAGUGCUGGAGCUGAGCGGGGACUUCCCGGCGUGGCUGGAGGCGCAGGGCGUAAACGCGGAGGUGGCCCGGGCCAUGGACUCUGAGCUGGGCAUCCGAGACUACGGGGUCCUGCGCGCCUGCGUCAGGGACGGCCUCGUGCGGGCCGAGCUGCUGUCCACGGCGCGCGACCGCCUGCCCUUCGGCUUCUACGCCGUGCUGCGGCAGGUGGUGAAGGCCCUGCAGGGCGCUGAGCCCCACGACGCUGGGACGGCGCGCUGGGACGACGCCGUUUCCUCUCCUGGCAACGUGACUCUAGGAGGCCUGGUGGACGUGCUGCUCGCGCUGUUCAGCGGCUUGAGCCGGGAGCUGCUGAUGUCCGUGCAGAGGUUGGAUGACAUGGACAAUCAUAAAUAUGUAGUGGCUUCUGCUUCAUCAACAGGUUCAGUGAAUUCUGUUGGCAUGGAAGAGGAAAUACAUCCAUGUGAAGACAAUGCAAAAGGAGAAAAGAACUCGACCACAGUCACAAAUGACUCCAAACCAAACUCGAUUGGGAAGCUUAUUAAAAGCGAGCCCCGUGAAGGUGAUCAUCUCUUGGGCUUCCACCCACAUGUCGUCCAAAAUAAUACCACGCUUCCUGAAUCAGGAGCAAACCUUGCAUGUGCAGCUAGGGAUGAACCGCACGUCUUACCACGAGCGCUGUUGGAAGAAGCACAGCAAGAAGAAUCGGCUGCCACCUCUGUCACCAAGAACACAUCCACCCAGCAACUGGAGAUCCGAAAAAUAAGGAACGUCAUGACAAACCAGAAGCAGCCGCCCACUGUGAGUGAAACUAGGUCCCACGAGUUUGAACUUGAAGCCGAUCCUGUACGAAACCCUCAGGCUGAAAGUUCUGGAGUGAAGCCGCAUUGGUGCGUGGUGUGUAAGAGUAGCUUUUUGUCACCUAGCGAACUGGAGGCCCACCUGUGCAGGCACACCGGCAAGAAGGUGCACCGUUGCGAGGUGUGCGGGCGCGUCUUCUUGCAGGCCACUGGUCUAACGAUCCACCUGCGCACGCACACGGGCAAGGCGCCGUACACCUGUGAGGUGUGUGGUGAUGGCUUUUGGCAGUCUAGCGACUUGAAGAUCCACUUGUGCAAACACACGGGUGAGAAGCCAUACCAGUGCGAGGUGUGCGGGCGCGGCUUUUACCGGGUGUUUGAGCGGAAGGUCCACAUGCGCACACACACGGGGGAGAAGCCGCAUAUUUGCCAGGUUUGUGGACAUAGAUUUUUACGUUCCAGCGAGUUGAGAAUCCACACACGCAUUCAUACCGGCGAGAAGCCUUAUGUCUGCAAAGUGUGCGGGCAUGAAUUCUCGAUCUCCAAUGACCUGAAGAAGCACCUGCGGACGCACACGGGCGAGAAGCCGUACUCUUGCUCGGUGUGCGGGCAGUGCUUCGCUCAGCGCUCACAUGUGAAGAGUCACGAGCGAUCAAAGCAUUGCUUAGGGGAAUCCCAGAAAGAUGAUUGAGAGGUGUCAUACUCACGUGGAUUAUCUCAAAUGUAUGACAUUUAUCCAAGACCAAUUAAAGGUAAUUCAAAAAUCAAUAAAGGCCUGCAUAGGCUUCCAUAAUAAAAACACAACCGAUUAAAUAAGUGUUAAAAAUGUAAAGAUAAGAUUUUCCGUUGUGAUGUUUAGUCGCCUUUUUUGGUGUUCAAAUAGGAUUGUUUUAAUGUGUAUGGUGAGUUAGAAAUAAAAUAUGGUGAUGUCCAUUGGUGAAGUUCGGAAUGAGACUUGAUUCUGAUGGACAAACCACAGGUUACCAAAGAAAUGAUUUUUUCCUGACAAAUCGACAAUUGAAAGUGUGGUGGUGAAGUUAAUGUGAAAAGAGCAAACAGAAAAAAAUGUCUGAAACCACAAAAUACAUGUCAGGGGAGAGGAGAAAUAUAAAAAGAGACGAAAAAUCCAAGCUGACAAUUGAAUCUCAGACCCACUAAUAAAUCAGAGAACUCAAUUAUUGAAGACCGCAAGUAAUGGGAGCAUGAAAGCAGACAAUGGGAGGGUGAUAAAAACAACAUUGGAGGAAUGUUAUGCAGAUCUCUACAGCAAAACAAACUCAUAACCUGGAUGAGGAGGAAGUUACAGCUGUCAGUUAAAGUAACAUCUGCCCUUUGCUGAAUCAAGAAGAGGGAGGGCGGGGAUUGGGGGGAAGACCCCCGGACUGGAUGAUAUAUCUGUAAACGUCAUCAAGCGUCGAGACCAAAUUGUUGGAAGAAAACUAUUGGAUUGUUCGCUUAUUGUUUAUACUGAGAUGAAAUGCUACAAUAAUGGAAUGAUGGCUCAGUCACUCUUACGAAAACAGGUGAUGAAGUUUACUUGAAUAGCCCACAGACCAAUUAGGCUCAUGUAUAUGUAUAUAAGUUCGCAAUAAUAAUGAGAACAGAAUAAUGAAAUAUUGAGAAACCAACUAACCAUGGGACGACCAGGAUUCUGGAAAUAUUUCUCUAACAUCGAUGUGAUACAAAUGAAUGGACCACUGAAUUAUUUCAGACAGCGCUGGCAUGGCAGGUUUAGUGGGGUUCAGGUAAGGGGAGAGAGAUGGGGACAACCUCUACCAAUUUGGGAUGAGGCUGCAUAGGUGGGGGGGGGGAUGUACUGAAGAAAGCUGGUGGGAGAAUGGGCUUGUCAUCUGCUUGAGGAAACGUGGCUGGCUAAAUCGGGGAGUUAUCAAAGGAGAUAAUGUGAGGUGCGUGGUUCAGAGUAGAAUAGGCUCAGCUGCGACGCGUGUGUGGCAGUAACGAAAACGCGUGGCCAAAAUUGCCACGCGGAUAGGAUCAUGUCGUAAAGGGUCCUGAAUAAAGUUUUGGCUGUUUAAGA